AUGUCAGAUCCAGGGUCUGAACUAUCUUUUGUGACGGAGGAAUUAGUAAACUUGUUAAAGUUACCUCGACAAUCCGCGGCAAUACCUCUCCUCGGUAUUGGCAGCACUUUUUCAGGCCGUACUAAGGGCCUGGUACACGUUGAACUCUAUUCAAUGAGUAAUAUCUCUGAUUCUUGUGAAUUACGAGCAUUUGUCCUUCCGCGAUUGACGUCUGAGAUACCGUCUUUUGAAGUAGACAAUGAAUCCUGGGCUCAUUUUAGAAAUUUACAGCUAGCAGAUCCUCAUUUCGGCAAACCGAGUUCGAUUCAAAUGAUUAUUGGCGCAGAUUCAUAUAGUAAAAUCAUUAAGCCCGGGUUAAUAAAGAAUGAAUCAUCGUCACUUGUUGCACAGUUAACUUUGUUUGGAUGGGAAGAAAUCCCAAAUUCUAGUUCAGAAAUUUUGAAUCCGGAAGAUGCUAAAUGUGAAGAAUAUUUCCGUUCGACUGUUUCACGCGAUCAAAACGGUCGAUACAUAGUUCGACUUCCAUUGAAGUCUCCUGUGUCGCUGUUGGGAGAUUCAUCGUCCACAGCACUUCGAUGCCUAACAAGAAUUCAGAAACGACUCAUGAAUGAACCAUCUUAUUGCCAAUUAUAUGUGGAUUUUCUGCAUGAAUACGAGUCACUAGGUCACAUGAUUCCGGUUGCAGAGUCGGAAGCUCAUAUUUCUCCCUCCUUCUAUUUGCCUCAUCAUGGAGUAUUACGCGAUAGUCAGACAACCAAACUUCGUGUAGUAUUCAACGGAUCCAGCCCCUCAAGCAGUGGUGUAUCAUUAAAUGAUAUCUUGCACUCUGGCGCUAAAUUACAGUCAAAUAUCUUCGACGUGUUACUUUUUUUUCGAUUGAAUCGAUACGUUUUCUCAUCUGACAUAUGUAAAAUGUAUCGUCAAAUACUUGUUCAUCAAAGCGAUCAAGCCUUGCAACGCAUUAUGUGGUAUGAUUCGAAUAAUCAAAUACGUCCAUAUCAAUUAACAACCGUAACUUAUGGAUUAAACUGUGCCCCCUUUCUCGCCCUUCGCGUUAUUCAACAACUUAUAGUAGACGAAGGUCACCGUUUUCCUAAAGCUAUCUCCUCAUUGACUAAAGGACGGUACGUUGAUGACAUCUUUGGCGGAGCAGAUUCAAUAGAGGAAGCAAAAGAAAUAAUAAAUCAGGUAAGCCAGCUCUGCAUGGCGGGCGGAUUUCCCCUUCAAAAGUGGAAAAGUAAUUGUCAGGAUCUAUUAGAUUUUUCAUGGCCACCAACGGAUAGUACUACAGCUGUAGAAUUAGACUCCUCUCGUACUAAAGUGUUAGGCCUUACAUGGCAGCCUCAGUCUGACAUGCUCAAAUUCACUUGCAUGCCGUCAACAUCUCAAAGUAUCACAAAAAGGUCCACUCUAUCGGAUGUUGCUCAGCUGUACGACCCCGCAGGUCUUAUCUCACCUGUAGUUGUUCAAGCCAAGAUUUUCAUUCAAGAUCUUUGGCUGGCCAAAGUAGACUGGGAUACUCCAUUAUCAUCGGAAUUACAAAAUCGUUGGAUAAAUUUCAAACAGCAGCUAUCGGCAUUGAGUAAAUUAGAUAUUCCGCGAUGGCUUUAUGUCUCCUCCAACGCUGUCUCAAUUGAAUUACACGGAUUUUCGGAUGCAUCCCUGCGCGCGAUGGCGGCGGUUGUCUACAUCCGAGUCGAAACAAAAGAUCUGGGAGUUCGAAUAAAUCUCAUUUGUGCCAAAACAAAGGUAGCUCCACUAAAAAGGCUUACCGUUCCACGACUCGAAUUGAAUGCCGCAUUAAUACUAGCACGUCUAACAUCCUGCGUACGGAACGUAUUAGAGCUGAAUCAUAGUUCAAUUUACUUGUGGACGGACUCUUCCGUGGCUCUCACUUGGAUUACGUCCCAUCCGGCGAAAUGGAAGGAGUACGUUCGCAAUCGAGUCAUAGCAAUACACGAACUAGUACCCACCGCUACCUGGCGUUUUGUACCUGGCAAGGAGAACCCUGCGGACUGUGCAUCGAGAGGAAUAAGCGCGCACGAGAUCAAACAGCAUUCUUUAUGGUGGCAGGGACCGGCGUGGUUAUCCCAAGCGCCCAACAAUUGGCCUCAAUUUAAUCUUAGCUCUCCUUCAAAUUUUGAUUUAGAAGAAAAUUGCAAACAUGUGUGUGUUUCUCUCCGUAACAAUCAGAUUCUCCCUUGGGAUCUCAUAGAUCGUUAUUCCUCACUCACCCGCCUUUUACGAAUUACCGCUACUUGUAAACGCGCAAUUAAACGUUUUCGACGCUUAAAUGAAGAGCCGAUAUCAAACCCACUCACCCCUUUCGAACUGCAAGAGAGUUGCCUUUUUUGGAUUCGCCUAGUACAAAGGAUCUACUUUCAGUCAGAAAUCAGAAUAUUGUCAAGAGGAGAGCAAUUAUGUAAAUCAAAUUCCCUGAUAAAACUUAUGCCAUUCUUAGACGGUGAAGGUCUUCUUAGAGUAGGCGGCCGGCUUCAGCACGCAAGUUUAGAUUCUGACUUCAAACAUCCUUUCAUUUUACCACGUCAAUCCCGACUUUCAACUUUAAUAAUUUCGGAUGCUCAUCUACGCACUUUACACGGCGGAACACAAGUGACGUUGGCACAUAUCCGUCAAAAAUACUGGAUUGUAGGCGGACGAGUUCCAGUCCGUUCCCAUAUUCUAAAGUGCAUAAAAUGUGCCCGUUACCGCCAGAAUCGAGCGCAACAAAUGAUGGGUCAGCUCCCACAGCUAAGAGUCACUCCUUCUCGACCGUUCUUAAAUUCGGGAGUUGAUUAUGCGGGACCAAUAUCGAUAAAGACUUGGCGAGGAAGAGCCGCAAAAAUUUACAAAGGUUAUCUGGUCGUUUUUGUUUGCUUCUCCACCUCUGCCGUUCACCUCGAAGUAGUCACCGAUUAUACCACAGAAGCCUUUAUUGCAGCCUACAAGCGAUUUACCGCCCGACGUGGCAUCUGUGCCACUCUACACAGCGACUGUGGCACCAAUCUUGUCGGUGCCGAUCGAGAACUACGACAACGCUUUGAUCAAGCCUCGCAAGAUUUAAAGGAACUGGCUACCAGACUCGCUGAUCAUGGCACGAAGUGGCACUUCAUUCCACCUGCAGCACCUCACUUUGGAGGCAAAUGGGAGGCCGCAGUUAAGUCGUCGAAAUUCCAUCUUCUUCGAGUAAUUGGCGACUCGAUACUCACAUAUGAAGAGCUAACCACUCUUAUGACUCAAAUCGAAGCCGUUUUGAAUUCUAGGCCCCUUUGUCCACUAACGGAGGAUGCAGAUGAUUUCGCGGCAUUGACCCCUGGGCAUUUCAUUAUGGGAGAGGCUCCUUCCGUGAUUCCAGAACCUAAUCUUAUCGACCAACCCAGUUCUCGCCUCACCAGAUGGCAACUCAUCCGCCAAAAACUCGAACAUUUUUGGAAACGUUGGCAAACGGAAUACCUUCAACGAUACCAAGCAAUCUCGAAGUGGCAUCAUCCAAACAUGGAAGUUAAGGAAGGCUCCUUAGUACUAAUCGUAGAUGAACGUUACCCCCCAGCUAAGUGGCCGCUGGCGCGAGUUGUUCAAUUGCAUCCAGGCAAAGACGGAUUAAUCAGAGUUGUCACUGUGCGAACCGCUACCUCUACUUUCAAGCGACCUAUAGUCAAGAUAUUUAUCUUACCCAUCGAAAAAUAG